CAUUGUGUUCACUAUUGUAUCAGUAAGCUUCUCCAGUUCGACUUCAACAUAGUCUCUUCAAUAGUUUUUGUUUCACAAUUUAUUCACAAGACAAAUCAAAUAUGAGGCUUCAAGGACUUUUCAAGUUCGUGGGUCCUGUUUUGCUAACGCUGUUAGCCAUGGCGCUCGCUAACAACAGAAUGGAUGUUAAGGCAGAACAACUGGUGACGCAUGGCGAGCAAGGACAAUACAUUGGCUAUCGUCAAUCGAAAUGGCUGGAAAAAUUCAAGCGACCAAAGCCUUCCAAAUCUCACUACGGAAAACCGAAAGCUUAUUUCAAUGCACCUAAGCCACAAUACAGUGCACCAGUCACGACCCAUUACACUCCGCCGCAAGUCAAUUAUUAUGAAAAUCCAACUCCUUAUAAAUCUCAAUACAACGCACAACCAUCUUACGUCCCAUCAGCUGCACGGCCAACACAGGCAAACUAUUUUCCAAUUCCAUCUCCGUACAAUCAGCAUCAAGCAGUUUACAGAACACCCGCCGGCAACCCGUCGCAUCCGUCUUUUAGCAAACCAGAACCUCAGAACAAUCUGCCUGCACCGGUGUACCAGGAACCGGGGAACAGUAACCCGGCACAGCCACCUUCGAAUUACAUUCCCUCGCAACCCGUGAACCCACCGGUUAAUAAUAACCCAACACAACCUCUUUUUGGGCCGUCUGGGCCUGUGAAUGCACCUGUUCAUUCUGAAACAGAAGAUUAUAGAAACCAGGUUAACAUCCAACCUUCAUCACAGCCUAUUAAGGAUUACGUUCCAUCGCAUCCUGUUAAUCCAGCACCGGCUGUUUACGUACCACCAGUUACCAACAACCAACAGGAGCCUUAUAGUCACUCAGAACCUGCGAUCAUCACACCACUAAAGGAUUACAAAGAAACAAUCAACAAUAACCAACCGCAAUUUGCUUUUAGUCAUCCAGAACCGGUGAAUGACCCAUCAGUGCAAGAUUACAGAGCCCCAGUGAACGAAGAGCCACAACAGCACAGUCUAGACUACAUUCCAUCAGAGCCGGUCAAUCCAUCAGUUUACCAAUCACCUGUUGAAAAUAAUCCAGGGCAACUGCCUUUUAGCCAUACGGAGCCAGGGAAUAAUUCACCGCUAUCAAAUUAUGAAGAAUUGGUCGAAUUGGUGAAUAACAAUCCGUUGCAGUUGUCUUACAGCCAACCAGAACCAGUUAACCAGCCGCAACCAUCUUACGGCCAUCAUGAACCAACCAAUAACUCACCACAAGGUCUUGGAGAGCAGGAUAUUGAUAACCCACCUCAGCCACCCCACGGCCACCAGGAAUUUGCAAACAGUCCUCAGCCAGCCCACAGCCACCAAGAAUUUGCAAACAAUCCUCCGCAACCCCACAGCCAUCAGCCAGCCCACAGCCACCAGGAAUUUGUAAACAGCCCUCCACCACCCCACAGCCCUCAGACACCCCACAACCCUCAGCCAGCCCACAGCCACCAGGAAUUUGCAAACAGUCCUCAGCCACCCCACAGUCCUCAGCCAGCCCACAGCCACCAAGAAUUUGCAAACAGUCCUCCGCAACCCCACAGCCCUCAGCCAGCCCACAGCCACCAAGAAUUUGCAAACAGCCCUCCGCCACCCCACAGCCCUCAGACACCCUCAACCACCCCACAGCCACCAAGAAUUUGCAAACAGUCCACAGCCUCCCCAUAGCCCUCAACCACCUCACAGCCACCAGAAAUUUGAGAACAGCCAACCACUAUCUGGCCACAGUGAACAGGUCAACAAUGAUCUUCCGCAACCAUUUUAUGCUCAACAUGAGGCUAUUCCAAAUCAUCCAGAACCAUCACCUUUUGGUCACUCAAAUCCGAUCAACAAUCGACCACCUGUUCCUAACAAUCCAUUGCAAUCGUUUUACAAUCAACAGGGACCAGUGAAUAACCCUCAACUACCAUACUACACAGCAUUGGUUAAAAAUAAUCCACCACAGCCCUCACUGGAUUACAUUCCAUCAGAGCCUUCUUAUAGUCAAGAAGAAACAGCUUUUGACCAACCACAUCCCGUUCAAGAACUUCAACAACCAGCCCACACUGAAGCUCCUCAAUCGACGCCGAAGCCUCUGAGUCACAAUGUUGUUCCUGCCCAGGAUUCUUUCUUUCCUACGGAAGCAACAAACUCUACAACAAGCUCUCCAGUUACCCCGAUCAAAAAUGAAGCUCCGUUAAAUUUCCCCGAUAGCCCGUUUUCGACAGAUAUUGAAGAUGAAACACAUCCACUUUUUUACAAUGAAUUCAAAAAAUCUGAGAGAAAUCAAGAAGACCCGGACACUGGAUUCUUCGAGUUCGGUAUUUUCCCAAGAAGUAAUAGUUUCUUUCUUCAGAAUUACAGAGGUUAGAAAGGCUAGGUGUUCGAUGGCAAUUUAAUUCCCACGAAUGUCUGGCAGUAGUAUCACAAAAGAAGCAAAAAAAAGGAAAAUGUUUUCAUACGGGAUUGGUCUCUAAACAACCAUUUACCAAUUAAGAUAUUCAUCUCGACAAUGCGUCAAGUGCUUCUCUAUGGUUUCAAGCCAGAGCCAGCUCGACUAUAUUUAGCAGUUUAAUUUAAAAAUUUUUUAUAAAUUAUGAAUAAUAAAAUGCACCAGUUAUUAAUUCACGACCGUCCCUAUAUUGAAACACCCAACAAUUUUGUUAUUGAUUGUUUGUUAUUGUUAUCACGUUCAUUUCUACUUGCUCUCAAUAAAAGCAAAGUAAUCCAGUA